AUGCUUUUGGUGCUCCUCCUAACUUCACAGAUCAACUUUCUUAAUAUCACAUAUCUACCUUAUUCUCAUGCCCUUGUCAGCCGAAUACGUUUCCUUCUGGUGGGAUGGGAGGCUUAUCCAAAGUUCUUGCGCACUCACGGGCACAUGUUUCCUACAACAGACUCGGCGGCUACAACACCUAGAAUAGGAACUGGCAUUGCAUCGAUAAAGGUUGCCGCUAUUCAUGCUUCUUCAGAAACCACUAUAAGCGAACUCGUAACCUUUGAGUGUCGUACGGAGUGCGAUAUGGAGGAGUGCAAUGCUAUUAGCUUAGGUUUGUUCUAUACCUAUAGCGAGAUGACCCUGAGGUUAUGCGGCAGAAUUUUGAAUCCUACGAAUUUCCUCCUUAAUCCUACAAAGAGGGUUAAUAGAUUCCCUUCCGCUAUUCAUCGACCCCAGCCGACUGGGGAAAGAAACUAA